UUUGCAACUUCUGAAGAGAGAAUAAACACUUUUCAUGGAAAAAAGCUGUUUUGGAAAAUAUAACACCUCUGCCCCCAGUUUUUAUUGGAUAGUUCAAGCGAAAAAAAUCCAAGGUCAACUUCGUAUUUGUCUCCCAGUGGGUAAAAGUGCCACAGGCUGACAGCAGAAGGACUUGUGUCCACGGAAACUCAUCUUGAAUCAGCAAAGUCGGUUCUGCAGUGCUGCAGGGCACCUAGGGAGUUGCUGGUGGGUGAUCAAUGGGAAAGUCCACCUGCCCUGGAGGACCGCUUCCACCGAGCACUGAGGCUUAGCUGACUUUUCACCACCUCUUCCGUGGCCACUUAUCUCAGUCUCCAAAAAAGAAAAUUCUGACAUCUUAACUUUAAUGUGGACAUUUUAUCCAGUGCUUGAGAUAAAUAUAACCCUGAGUAGUACGGAGAAGGUUUAAUGGGAAAUGGUUGGCAUUCCUUCUUGGUAGAGGCGCAGCGAAAGGAGAAAGGGAGAGAGAGAGGGAGGGAGAGACAGAGAGAGAGAGAGAGAGGGAGGGAGAGAGAGAGAGGAGAGAGGCGAACAGCAGUGGGGAAGACAAAAGCAGAGAUAAGAAGGCUCCAAGGCAGCCUGGACGCCAGGCUGCUGAGAACCUGACACUUUCCAGACCCCAGCCAGCAUGGUGAUCCUGAAUCCAAUGACUCUGGGAAUUUACCUUCAGCUUUUCUUCCGCUUUGUGGUGUCUCAGCCUACCUUCAUCAACAGUGUCCUCCCCAUUUCAGCAGCCCUUCCUGGCCUGGAUCAGAAGAAGCGUGGCAGCCACAAAGCAUGCUGCAUGCUGACGCCCCCUCCACCCCCACUGUUCCCACCGCCAUUCUUCAGAGGGGGCCGGAGUACGCUCCUCUCCCCAGACAUGGAGAACCUCAUCCUGGAACUGGAGACCACGCCAUCCCCGUGUGCGCAAGGAUCGCUCGGCUCCCCUGGGCCUCCUGGCCCCCAGGGUCCACCGGGGCUUCCAGGCAAGACGGGACCAAAGGGAGAAAAGGGGGAGCUUGGCCGACCAGGAAGGAAGGGUAGACCUGGCCCCCCGGGUGUUCCUGGCAUGCCUGGGCCCAUCGGCUGGCCUGGCCCUGAAGGACCCAGGGGAGAAAAAGGUGACCUGGGUCUGAUGGGCUUACCAGGGUCAAGAGGACCAAUGGGCUCCAAGGGCUACCCCGGAUCCAGAGGGGAAAAGGGAUCCAGAGGUGAAAGGGGGGACUUUGGUCCCAAAGGAGAAAAGGGCUUCCCAGGAUUUCCUGGAAUGCUGGGGCAGAAAGGCGAAAUGGGUCCGAAGGGUGAGCCUGGAAUAGCAGGACACCGGGGACCCACAGGAAGACCAGGAAAACGAGGCAAGCAGGGUCAGAAGGGAGAGAGUGGAGUUAUAGGCCCACCAGGCAAGCCUGGGCCUUCUGGUCAACCAGGCCGCCAGGGCCCCCCAGGUCCCCCUGGACCCUCAGGCCCCCCAUCUGCAGGACAACUUGUCAUGGGACCCAAAGGAGAAAGAGGAUUUCCCGGGCCUCCAGGAAGAUGUCUUUGCGGAACCCCGCUGAAUGUGAACAACCCUUCGUACGGGGAAUCCAUGUAUGGGCCCAACUCCCCGCGAGUUCCUGCGAUUUUUGUGGUCAACAACCAGGAGGAGCUUGAGAGGCUGAACACCAGAAAUGCCAUUGCCUUCCGCAAAGACCAGAGAUCUCUGUACUUCAAGGACAGCCUGGGCUGGCUCCCCAUCCAGCUGACCCCUUUCUACCCUGUGGACUACACUGUAGACCAGCGAGGCUCCUGUGGGGAUGGGGUCCUGCAGCCCGGGGAGGAGUGUGACGACGGGAACAAUGAUGCCGGUGACGACUGCAUCAGCUGCCACCGGGCAUACUGUGGAGAUGGUCACCGGCACAAGGGUGUGGAAGACUGUGACGGCUCUGACUUUGGCCACCUGACGUGUGAGACCUAUCUCCCUGGGUCAUACGGGGACCUGCAGUGCACCCCCUACUGCUACAUCGACUCCACACCCUGCCGCUACUUCACCUGAGGAUGCCGGGAGGUGGGCUGCAUCGCAUGCACCUGCAGCAGCUUCUCCACCCUCACUAAACUGACCUCGCAUCUGCCUGGUCCAGUGUCACCACCUUCAUCUGACGAAAACAAGGACAAACUCUUGCUGCUAAGACAUGCUUUUAACUCAGUCCAACUGGAAGAACUCAAGACCACUGCAUCCUGUCUUAAUCCAAAGUACUGGAAAACCUCCCCCAUGCCCGGCAUGGGGCCUGUGACCCAUCGCUCCCGUCGGGCCAGUAG